AAUUAAGAGCAUUUUAAGUGUGUUUUGUUGCUUAAUUCAUGUAGAAAAUUAGUUAAUUGACUGCUGUGAUUUUUGGAGAGAAAAUCUCGUGAAAUUAGCUAGUGUUUUGACCAAUUUUGGAAGUGCAGUUACUGUUCACAGCACUGUUCACGGGCACUGUUCAUGAAGUAAUGGCUAACAAUUAACAGAGAUUUAAAUGUUUAGUUUGUGAUAUAAGAACAAAUGUGGAGAUUGAUAGGAAUAGCAUCGUGAUUAGGGGUGAUCUUAAUGAAGUUUUCACUUUGAAUUUGUGGUAGUGCGAUAUUAAUUCUUGGAUAUUUUGAUUAGGCUCCCGAUUGUUCUAUUAGUUUAGCAUUGAGAUCAAGGCUUCGGUUUUAUGCAAGUGAGGAAGCGAAACUGAGGACGAGAAAACCAUGGGAAGUGACGAGUUAGAAGGUUCCCGAUCGUUCUAUCAAUUUAGCACUGAGAUCAAGGCUUCGGUUUUAUGCGAGUGAGGUAAGUGAAUUUAUGGUAAUACCCGUACAAUUUUUAAAAGCAUGUUUUAACUUGUUUUUGAAGUGGUGGCGGGACUAAACCCGGUUUAUACAAAAGUAAGUAUGAUUGAUUGAAAUGAAAUUUUUAUGCUUUUCAUUAAAUUGAGCAUGCUUACUUGAAAUUUAAUUAAUUGUCCUGAUAAUUGGAAAGUGAUUAGUGAAUUAUGAUCUUUCUGUUAACUUCAGCAUGUUUUGUCUCCGAUGUGGUCAUGUUAUUAGUGACCCUACUAGUGGGGGUUAAACGCUAGCACAUGUCGACAUGUUAUUGAUAGAACCGGUCCGUUCAAGUGACCUUGCUAGUGGGGAUUAUACACUAGUAAAUCGUGUGCCUGCCAGUGAGAGGUUUAUAACACUGGCCGUGACCUAUAGAGGAGACGUCUAAUUCAUUUCCAUACUCGUACCCGUUUUCGUGAUUAUACUGGUUGACAUGCUAUAAGUUUAAUUAAGGGCACUCCAUAUUUUAUUUACUGAGUUUAUCUCAUAGUUUUUCCUUGUCCACCAUUUUAGGAAGCGAAACCGAGGACGGGGAAACCAUGGGAAGUGACGAGUUAGAAGGCUAGCCAUUUCGAGAUUGAUAUAGAUUUUAGAUAUAAAUCAUGAUCUUGUAAACUAGAGUGUAUUUGGAGAUUUUAUGAUAUCAGAGCAGAUUUUAAGAUUUUAUCUUCAGAUUUUGUGGUAUCAAAUUGUAGUAUGAUAAGUUCCGAAACUUGUGUAUUUAUGGGACCCUCUCAUGAGUGCACGGCGUUUGUCGCGCCUCGAAUUUGAGUUUUAGGGCGUGACAUUUGAACUUUCACUU